UUACAGAUCAGGGGUUUUGUGUAACUUGUUUUGAUAGGUCUAAGAACACACCCAUUCACCUUGGUCCUGAAGUACAUCCGGUUACCUCUCGCUGUCGCCAUUUUGAUACACAAACGAGCAAGAAGUAACGAAAAGACGACAGAAAGAGUAUCAUCAUGAGUGGAUGUCGUGUGUUUAUCGGCCGUUUGAGCCCCCACGCCCGUGAGAGAGACGUGGAGAAAUUCUUCAAGGGAUAUGGACGGAUCCGAGAAGUAAAUUUGAAAAACGGAUUCGGCUUUGUGGAGUUUGACGACCACAGAGAUGCGGAUGAUGCCGUAUAUGAGCUGAAUGGCAAGGAACUCUGUAGUGAAAGGGUGACGAUAGAGCAUGCCCGCUCCAGAAGAGGGAGGGGUGGUGGACCAGGGAUGGGGGGGGGUGGUGGCGGAGGAGGACGCUUCUCACCUCGUUUCAGCAGCUACCGCCAGGGCUCUGGCGGUCAUAGUGGUGGCUCCAGUAGGUAUGGUCCCCCGGUGCGAACGGAGCACAGAAUCAUUGUGGAGAACCUGUCGUCACGGAUCAGUUGGCAGGACUUGAAAGACCUGAUGAGGAAAGCCGGAGAAGUCACCUUUGUGGAUGCACACAGAACCAACAAGAAUGAAGGGGUGGUGGAGUUCGCAUCACACAGUGAUAUGAAGAAUGCCAUUGAUAAGCUGGACGGAACGGACUUGAAUGGACGCAAGUUGAAACUGUCUGAGGAUCGCAAGAGCCGCCACAGCAGGAGUCGUUCCCGCGGCUCUCGUAGCUACUCCCGGUCCCGUAGCCGUUCCCCACGCUCCAAGUCCCGUAGCAGGAGUCGUAACCGCUCCAGGAGCCCCCGAUCUCGCUCGGCCAGCCGUACCCCGGAGAAGAAGCCUUCUUCUGCAGGAGGGGGCAGGGCUGCACAUCGCUCCACCUCGCGCUCUCCGUCCCGGUCCAGAUCUCCUGCCCCUCGCUCCCGUACCCCUCCCCCACGCUCCCGUUCUCGCACUCCUCCUCCCAGUUCCCCUGUCCCGGCCCGGAAGCAGUCUCCGUCCCGGUCUCGCUCCCCCUCGGUUGAGAGCCAGCACUGAGCCCCACUGGGGGGUGUGUAGUUCGGUGUUGUAGUGCAGUGGCUGGAGGGAGGACCGUCUCAUUGGAAUGGCUGGAAUGGAAUGAGAGGAGCAGAAUCCUUCAUAGCGUUCCAUUUAAUCCAUUCCAUCUAUUCCAAUAAGCCUGUCCUGAUUUUUAAUGUGACCACCAGCCUCAUAGUGGUAUGGACUGAAGAGUUGUCAUGCUGAGACCAUGGCGCCUGGCUUUGUGGCGGCCUGCUUGCUUGCUAGUGUGGAAUGAAUGGAGAGGCUUGCCUUUGGCGACACACUCCCACAAUCUCUCAUUUUUUAAAUCAGAGAAUUGGUUGUUGUGCCAGUAACUUGGAUGCCCUGUAAUGUUUUUUUCUCUGUUUUGGGAGCCUUUUGUGUUUAUAGGUUCGGAUCAUGCUUCCUCAAUUCAACUUCUAAUUGUUUUUUUUUUGUUGCCAUAUUGAAUAAUUAAAACAUGUUCCUUGGGGAAAACUGAACCGUUUCAGGAAAUGUACAGUGUGAUUUUUGAGAUCUUUUGAUUGGGUCACAUUCCUGUUGAUUUAUCUUAUCGUUCUCACUGCAGAUUGUACGUCUCAUUGUGAUUUAAUGACAUCUGUACCAUUUUGAAGUGAAACUUUCUGUCCCUGAGUUUUCUGUUAUGAGUCUAAUCAAUACAAGGUUAUAUUUCCAUCA